AGUCUUAGCGUAGCUACAGAACCGUAAAAAUGGCGGAGCGGCAGUUCAAGAUCAAAGUGGGCACUCUGCGCCGGGUGAAGAAGGACCUCGAGUACUACGCCAAGGAGCACGCGGCCCAGCAGACCAAGAUCGAGAAGAUGCGCGCGGACGGCAAGGACGAGCACGACAUCCGCAAGCAGGAGGAGGUGCUGGUGGAGACGGAGACCAUGCUGCCGGACUGUCAGAGUCGUCUCAAGGAGGCGGCCACCGACGUCUCCAACUUCAUCGAGGCAAACCGGGAGGAGGUCGAGUCGCUCGAGACGUUCAAGGAGGCGCAGGAGCUGCUGGCCGCCAUCCCCACGCUGCUCCAGUAAAGUAAAGUACCUACUCGUGGAGUAAGCACACAGUCUAAUUGAAGCCACCCCCUCAGAUAUC